UCGCUCCUUCUCUUUUCUGCUCUUUGCUCAUCUUUAUUCUUUGGAUCUCUUCAUCUCUGCAACAAUGUCUGGUCGUGGAAAGGGCGGAAAGGGUUUGGGCAAGGGAGGUGCAAAGCGUCAUCGUAAGGUUCUGAGGGAUAACAUCCAGGGCAUCACCAAGCCUGCGAUUCGUCGUCUAGCGAGGCGUGGUGGUGUGAAGCGUAUCAGUGGUCUAAUCUACGAGGAGACUCGCGGUGUUCUCAAGAUCUUCUUGGAGAACGUCAUCCGUGAUGCUGUGACUUACACUGAACAUGCUCGUCGCAAGACUGUGACCGCCAUGGACGUGGUUUAUGCUCUUAAGCGCCAGGGCAGGACUCUCUAUGGUUUUGGUGGUUAGAGUUGUAGGGUUCUCUGAUCUCACAUUUCAGGAUAUAAUGAUAGGUAGCUUAGGUUUCUUUUUUUUUCUCCCUCCGUAGUGUUGACGAAGUUUGUAAAAAUGUUCAGAUCUUCUGAGUGAUUAAUGUUUGUGAUAUCUCAAGACUCAACUUUCAAUUUAAAUGGAAAUUGUGUUUUCUUGUGAAA